GUUCGGCCUGGGUUUUUCUGGGUUUCUGGGUUUCUGCCUUUUGUCCUCAUCCCCGCUGGUGCUGCUUUAAAGGCCGCCGUCACAGAAUGUGGAGCAGAAGUGAUCUAGAGGAUGGAUACGAGUCUAACAAGACGGGUUCUGGUGGUUCUGGCGCUCCUGGAUGGGUCCCCGGCCAUGACUGUACCUGGCUCAGCAGCUCCCACGGCCCCGGUGGACGCAGGCACAGCACUGUGUCAGACAGCGGCGACACCGGCAUCGGCACGUACUGCUCCGACAGCGUGGAAGAUGACUCCAGCUCCAGCACCACGCCGCUGUCUUUUCACCCACUAAGCCAGCAUCACCCGGCCCAUGAGGAUGACGGCGCCCCCGUGGUCCACGUCAUGCCGUCUCCAGCCUCCUCACCCAGCAGCAGUAUCCGCGUUCCAGCCUCACCCAGCAGCACAUGCCGCUUCAGCAGGUCCUGCCAGCUGCUUGCACCAGCUGUGUCUCCCCUCAGUGCCCCGAGCUGUCUGGACAUGAAGGACGGUCGGCCUAUUCGGAGGUGGUCCUCUCUCACCAAAUUGUCAUCGGGGACUGAUAGGAGCUGCCCUAGGACAUCAGGCUAUCACUACGUCCCAGGUUCUCAGGGCUCCCUGGACAGAAGUCUGAGGCUGGGCUACAGAAAGGAGCCCAUCGGUUCAAAUGUGGACUUGUAUUUACCUUUGUCCUCCUCUAUGCACUGCCACAGCCUGCUGCAGCGCUCCCCAGGCGCUGGCCCCUGCUACCGAUACAACCACGGCAGCAGGUCUCCAUUGGAGACAGGCCUUUCUCUGUCCUCAGCUCUGUCCUCGCCAGUGAAACAUAACGGUUUGGACAUGAGCUACAGUGCUUUGCCAGAAUCUAAACUGACCCAGGCAGGUGGACAUGUGUAUGGCCUCUGCCUCCCCCAACAGGCAGACUCACCUCUGGCUCAGCAGGUUGACAGAGGCUCCCCAAUCCAGCCUGCGCUUCGCACUCAAAUGUGGCUCACUGAGCAGAUGGAGUACCGGCCCAAAGCAGAGCACAGUCAAAUCAGUGGCACUGGGACAGAGGGCUGUGCUGGAGAUGGGCCAUCGCUAUGGCAACAGGGGCAUCUGCACGAUUCAGGGCCUAACCAGAUGCUGUUGGGGACGUCCCUUCCUGUCAACACUCUGGUCAAAGUCAAAGAAGGGCUGCUGAGACAGAGAGAGCUGGAGAUCGACCGACAAAAGCAGCAGAUCCUGCAGCUUCACGCUCGGAUCAGAGAGAACGAGCUCAGAGCCCAGCAGGUCCUGCAGGGCCACAGGGGCUGCUUUGACGACCCCUAUGUCCUGAACACCAAGGAAUCGGUAUUGAGGACGCCCUGCAAACAGCCGCCUGACAGGCUGUGCUGUGAUGAAGACGUUGGUCGGAGGCUGGCAGUGGCCGAACUGGAAGUCUUUCACUUGAAUGAGUUUUUUAAGCAAGUCACCCAAAAACACACAGAAGACAUGAAAAGACUGGAGGAAAAGAUAAAAACAAGGGACCGCUACAUCACCAGUCUGAAGAAGAAGUAUCAGAGAGAGAACGAGCAGAACCAAGAGAAGCAACAGCGCAUCGAGACGCUGGAGAAGUAUCUGUCUGACCUGCCAACGCUGGACGAGGUGCAGGUCCAGGCCCAGCAGCAGGAGGAGGUUCAGCAGAAAGCCAAGCUUCUGGAGAAGACAGUGUCUCAGUUACAGAAGAGUCUACAGGAAGGAUGUGCUCGGAUGGAGGAGAAAGACUUCAGGAUGGAGAUGCAGGCUAAGAGAGAGAAGGAGCUAAUGGCGUCUGUGCACAGCCUGCAGCAGAAGGUGCAGCAGUGCUUGGACGAUGGGGUGAGGCUGCCCAUGCAGGACCUGAAGCGGCUGGAGGAGGAGAACGCUGAGCUUCUGGAGCAGCAGGACCACAGCAGCAGGCUGAUCGAGCAGCAGAGAGAACACAUCGAGCGACUGACCUCACAACUAGCGGCCGCCAACACAAGACUGCAGAAGAAGAGAGGCCCUCAUCACGGACCACAGCGCCACCAGGAGAGCCUGGUCUCACCAGCUGUCCCACAGCCUUGGCAGGUGGACGAUGGGCCGCUGGUGCGUCCCGUCCCCCAUGUAGAGAUGCCGGAAGUGAGCCGGCUGCUGAAGGAGAUGUCCCUGUGUCUGCUGGACCUGCAGGCUCUCUGCAGCAUCCUGGCUCAGAGAGCGCAGGGGAAGGAGCCCAACCUGUCUCUGCUUCUGGGCAUGAAAUCUGUGAGCGUUUCCGCCGAGGAGAGUGACUGCAGAGAGGCUGUGGAGGAGGAACUGCGCUACAAGCUGCUAGAAGUCAGCCAGCUGAGAAGAGACAUAGACGAGCUGAGGAAAAGCAUGUCCGAGCGCUACGCGCAGGGUAAAGCUGACAGCUGUGUCUUCCAGUGACUGGUCCGUCCUGCUCCCAUGACCGUCUCAUACACACCUGUGGCCAGUGGCCAGUGGGGUGCACAGGGAUGUAGGAGACCACGUGUGUGCUGCGAGCGCUUGACUUUGGUCUAUCCUCCUACAAACAAUGUGGCCCACAAUCACGCUGCAGGGUUUCAGUGCAGCUGGAUCAGCAGCUGGAGGAAUGUAGGGAGAGGUUUCCCUUAUAAUCAUUUCUAAUCAAAGACCACACCUAAGAGACGUGAAGCCUCCAUCAUCUGAACCUUCCCUGGGUGAGCAGCCAGGACAGGUCAACCGUCCGUCACGGGGCCCCACAGUGUCCAGAGGAAACCAGAGAGAACCCACACAGAACAUUGCCCAUCAGACCUCACUUUAAAAGAGGAACGUGACAUUCUGGCUGCAUCUGCUACAUGAAAGAGUUUAGUCGAGCCAUAACUAGCUAAUAUGAUGCAUAUGAAGUAGUGUCAAACACCUGUUACUGUAACUGCUGAUAUGAACUCUGCAGGCUUGCACCACUUGCCUAUAACCUACAGGAAGAUAAAGCCUUCAGCUAUGUUCACACACCAACAUGUUGUUUAAGGCACUUUAAUUUCAGCAUCUCCACUUAACCACAAGCACAUCAGACUUCAUGUUUUCAUGCUGUUACUCUGAAAUGAUUUUUCUGAGUUGCUUUUUUGAUCUCAGCAUCCUCGUGUCGCUGCUGUCUGUGGUCGGCGGGUGCAGUAAAUGCUGCAGGCUUAACAGCACAAACAAACCGUCAAACAUUUUGAUCUGCAUGUUUUAACCAACACCAUCUUCUGGUGCUGGCAUAUAUUCAGUCCGCUGUGAACGAUGCAGCGAGCCACUGGUUGGCUCAUUUGUCUGCAUAAGAUACUGUUUUACUGCCGAGCUCCAUGAAAACCAAAGGCAUGUUCACAUCCAGUCUUUAUAGAGCCAUUGUGUUGGUUCAGCCAGCAAAUAAAACUAUUUUUGAUAGA